AUGAUCACAGAACCCAGGGGAAACUAUAUUGUCAGACUGGACAAGAUAUUGGGGUAAGGAUCAUUCGGAAAAGUGUUCACUUGUUACAAAAAAGAUGAUCCAAAUGAGGAAUUCUGCAUGAAAAUAAUUAAAAAAUAAGACAUAUGUGAUUCAGAUUAGGAUUUCAAAAAGAAGCAACUGGAGGCAGAAAUGAAAGUAAUUAAAGAGCUCAAAAAUACAGACAGUGAAAAUUUAGUUAAAUUGAUUGAGGUGAUUGAUUCACCUUAAGAAUUGUGCAUAGUUAUGGAAUUAUGCGAAUGUGAUCUGUCCAUAGAGUAUCACAAUUUAAAAUAAAAAAAAUCAUGGUUCUCAAGAUUGGAAUAAAUCGAUAUAAUAAAAUAAAUACUUAAAGGAGCCAAAGUCUUAAUUGAGAAUAAAUUCGUUCACAGAGAUAUCAAACCAUAGAACAUAUUGGUGAAAAUUGUUAAUAAAGGGAAAAUAAAUUAAAGAAAAAUCUAUAAAUUAGCUGAUUUUGGUUUCGCUAAAGCUUUAGAUGACAUUUACAAAAAAGCUGCGUUGACUAGAGUUGGCACCUUCGUCUAUUGCGCUCCUGAAAUCAUAAAAGGUCUGAAUUUUUCUGCUAAAUGCGAUAUCUUCUCCUAUGGAGUUGUUUUUCAUCAAAUUGUUUAUGAAGGAUAAUUUCCAGACAACUAUUCAACUUAAUAUUAAAUGUAGGAAUUUAUUAAUAAAAUCGAAAAGCAUCCUUACUAAUGCAAUAAAUUGAAAGGGGAAUAUGGUGAUAUGCUCAAAGAUCUAAUUUAAAGGAUGUUACUUUACAAUCAAGAUGCUCGAAUUUCAUUUGAAAGCUUGCUUUCUCAUGAAAUUGUAACAUUGAAUAUACCUAUGAUCCAGGAUUCUCUAUUUAUAAAAAUGGAUACACCAUUUAAUAAGGAUUAGAUACAAUAAUAACAGAUUGAAAACUAACAAUCUAAAUAUUCCAAAAUACAAUCACUUAUUGAUAUUUUUUACAGAAAAUCCUUACUUUGCUUAUCUGUAAUAAAUUAUAUGAAGGAAUAAAUAAUUAUUCCCUUCAUCGAACUCUCAAUUGUUUAGCAAUUGAUUUAAAUUAUUGGCUUAGAGGAAAUUAGAUUUGCCUUUGCAUUGCUUCACCUUAUAGUUUCUGACCUUUAAUCCUUCAUCAAAAAUUAACAUGAUGUUCCCUUUUUAAUGAAUAUUUUACAAAACUACCUUGAAGAUUCUAAAAACGAUUGGGUGCGAUAAAAACUUCACAAAGAAGUUAGAAAAUAAUUUCACAGCCAAUUGAGACAGUCUUAAGAUGAUUUCAAUAAUUUUAUUCGUAAGAAGCAAUCCACACCCAUUAACAAUUAACCCAAAAAAAUCAUACAGUUUUUAGAAGAAUCAUAAUAAUAAAAAGUUUCAAUACCUUAGUGUUGUUAGCUGUUGGAGGAAUGGCUAAGUAAUAAUAUAGUUAAUUAACAAAUUAGCAAAUUCGAAUCGAGGAUUCAGCAAUAGAUUGAAAAAAUCAAGAAAAUUGAGACUAAAUUUGAAAUUUCCAACUAUUUUUUUAUUAAUCCAAAUGAAAUUUUUGAAAUCAGAAAUUAUUAAAGUGGUAUUUGA